UGUAUUGUUUACGUUAUUGUGAAUAGCUGUGAAUAUAAAGGCGUGUGAGACCUCGAACUGUUUAGUUAGUGCUGACGGAUCCGCAUAAACAGUCGCGGACACUCACUUUUACGUCACCAAGCAUUUAGCAUGUCAAAAAUGAGAACAACUCUAUUCAUUGCUUUUGCUGUGAUAAUAGGAUGUAAGGCUGCUACACCUGACCUGCGUUUUGCAUGGAAAGAAGUUGACUUUGUUUGGGAUACUCCGGAGCAACGGGAAAAUGCUAUAAAGGAUGGUUUAUUCGUUCAAGCCCAUAAUCUUCCUUUGGGGCUGGCUCGAUGGAAGAAUAAAUUAUUUGUGACAGUACCAAGAUGGAAAAACGGUGUAGCAUCUUCUUUAAAUUACGUGGAUAUCGAUGGACCGCAGGAUCAACUUCUUAAACCAUAUCCAUCACUGCAAGACAAUCUGGUGGCUGAUACAGCGAAAGAGCUACCGUCCAAUAGUUCUAUUAUUUCUGUCUUUAGAGUGUAUGUCGACGCUUGUGAAAGACUCUGGGUUAUGGAUUCAGGAUUAGCUGAUAUUUUAGGCUCACCAAAUCAAGUAGCCGGACCUUCUUUGGUUAUUUUCGAUUUGAAAACAAAUCAACUUCUACACAGAUAUUUCUUCAAAGUUGGAGACAUGAAAGAAGAUUCGUUCUUUGCAAACGUUGUGGUCGAUGUGGAGAAGGACAAAUGCGACCAAGCCUUUGCAUAUAUCCCUGAUUUAGGAGGUUACGGAGUCGUUGUAUACAGUUUGAAAGAUAAUGAUUCUUGGCGUGUGUCGCAUCACUAUUUCCACUUUGAUCCUCUGGCUGGGUCCCAUAACGUCAGUGGAAUUGAGUUCCAUUGGACCGAUGGCGUGUUCGGGCUAGCCCUUUCUGAACCAAGAGAAAACGGAUAUCGCACGAUGUUCUUCCACGCAUUUUCCAGCACUAAGGAGUUUUGUGUAUCCACGGAAUUACUUCGCAACUACACACACAUAGACAAGUCUGAGGCUUUCCAUGAUUUCAAGUUAUUGGGCGACCGUGGUGCGAACACACAAGCAUCUGCUAGCUAUUACGACGAAAAGAAUCAUGUUCUAUUUUAUACUCAGAUUAAUCGCGAUGGGGUCGGUUGUUGGAACUCUAACAAGCCCUAUACUCCUGAAAAUAAUCCACUUAUCAUCACAGAUCCCAUAUUGUAUGAAUUCCCCAAUGAUUUGAAGGUGGACGAAGAGGAUACAUUAUGGAUCUUGACCGACAAAUUGCCACGUUUCAUUUUUAGGUCAUUGGAUUCAAAUGAAGUAAAUUAUAGGAUAUUUAGUAUUAAAGCAUCUGAUGCCAUUGCGGGCACUGCUUGCCAAUAAGUUAAGAUUUGUGUACUGUGUACAUUGCCUAAUAAUAUUAAUUACUAUGUAUGUAAAAAAUAAAGCUAUUUAAACGUU